UUUUAAUGCCUAAGCCUAACCUUAGACGUACGGACUUCCGGUUGAGACUUCCGGUAUGGAUUGGAUGUGUGUCAGCCAUCUUGUCUGCAGCAAGGUACUCUUGGGCUUUUUUUCCCAUUGUUACCAAACAUGAAAGAAGUUCACUUUAAGACUUUUAAUGAUAUCUAUUCAUGUAAUGAAUUCUUAAGAAGACGGUUUAAUGUGGAAGGUAAUGAAUGGAUGUUUUGUCAUGUAGAUAUUGAAACUCAGAACAUCUGUUUUAUGAUUGUAAUGCUGUCAAGAUGUUUUGGGACAAAAUUCAUGAAUGGUUAAGUACAAAAUACAAAAUACCUGGUUUUUAUUUCCAUAUGGUUAAAUUUGGAAUCUUUAAAAAUGAUAAAAUUGUUGAAUUUCUAUAUAAUAGUAUUUUUUUUUAUCAUAGGUAAGUUCUAUAUCCACAAAUGUAGAUUAUUUAAAGUUACUCCAAAUUUUAUUCCAUUUAAAAAUGACUUGAAAAUAUUUUCUCAGUCUUUGGAAAAGAUCGAAAAAGAAAGUGCCUUAAGACUCUAUGAAAUUCUUGGUUUAUAUAUCAACUGAACCCCUUGCAAAUAUAUUCAUUUAUAUUUAUAUUAUUUUAUUUGAUUUUUGUUAUGUCAGGUGAUUGUACUGCUUGGAGAAAUGUGUAAAAUGUUCAAUGUCAAAUUUACCUGUUUGUUAUUUGUAAAUUGCUGAAUAAAGGAUUAAAAAAAAAAAAAAGCUUGAGCCUACCGCAUCCCCGGAACUGUUAAACUUUGGCCCCAAAACUACCCGGACGGUAAAGACGUGCGGACAUGUGCAGCGGUAUUAUAUCCACUGAAAACAGUGAGAGUAUGUCAUUAAAAGGCUCUUAAACUGGAUGUUUGUGUGAAAUGCUGAUUUCUAAAUAAUGUCCGAGGCUGCUGUAGAAGAAGUUUCUGUUUUAUCGUCCAUUUACUGCGGAGAGGGAGAGUUUGAGCUCCUUCAGCAGUCUGCUCAUGAUGGGCUCAUGGUCCAGAUCAACAGCACCGUUGGAGGAGAAAGGCAGCUGGAAGUGAGUCUGCUGUUCCAUCUUCAUCCCCGCUACCCCUCCUGUCCUCCUGACAUCUCCGUCUCAUCCAUUCAUCUUUCCAGGACUCAGUGCCACAACAUCAGACAGAAGCUUCUGGAUCAAGCUGCGGCCCUCCCUCCAGAGCCGAUGGUUCAUCAGCUGGUAGAGUGGUUGCAGUGUGUUGAGGUGACGGAGGAAAGCAGAGGAGGUGAGGAGGAGGUGAAAGAGACAGACGACCAGGAGACGUGGAACGCGGUGCUUUUGUUGGACCACAUCCGCUCUCGAAACCGUUACAUUGGACUGCUGGAGCGCUGGAGCCAGCAGCUGCAGCUGACUGGGAGAGUAUUACUGGGACGCAGUAUACUGGUUAUUCUGCAGGGAGCUAGAGCCAACAUCAAGGAGUUUUGUCGCCUUCUGAAGACUGUCAGGGUGGACGUGGAUUCUUCAGGCAAAAAAUGCAAAGAGAGGAUGAUGAAGGUCCUCAUAGAGACACCUGCACCCUCCUCCUCUGGACAAGGUCUUCAGGGUUUCGUUGUAAGGAACUACCAGUCUUUACCAGAGCUGACUGCUGCCUUCAAGGAAAUAAACCUGACUGAGCUCUACCAGCAAAUACUGCCAUCUAUAAGUGACUGACAGGAUACUGUGGGGACUGUACAAACGGGUUCAUCUGCAGAUAUACAGAGACAUGGGAGAAUAGAUUUCAUACUGCUGUGGAGAUUUCUGAUGCUUGUUUUAAUCCUUGAUGGACUGAUAGAAUUUUAAUAAAGCAGCAACCUCCACUGGGGAAAAGCUCCUUGAACAUCCACAUGAGACGGGCUGCAAAACCAAAGAAUUCUCAUUAUUUUACAGCAGAAAUAAACAUGCUUAAGGCCGACUACAGAUUUAGUUCUUUGCCUUUGUGGUGAGAAUUUGCCUGAGAUUUCAUUUGGCCACUCUAGCCACUCUGAAACAGAAACACAUAGGUGAUGUACCCUUGGCUAUAAGCUUGUUUUAUAGUCUGUGCUAUUAACAGACCAGACACUAUGUCUGCUGCUGUAUCUGAACUGUGUAGAGCUGCACCAGUUUGUUGAGUUGUUGUUAUGGAUGAAACGUCAUAAAGAAGCAUUUUUGCGUCUUAUAAGAAAGGACUACUUUUAAUUUAAAGUCAACUGGAACUACUGCUGGGCUGUCACAGGUGCAUAAAAAAAUUAGAAUAUCACUAAAAGCUAAUUUAAUUCCCCUAAUUUAAGACAAAAAGUUAAAUUUAACGUUCUUCUAAAUUCAUCACACACAUUGUGAAUUAUUCAUCUACUGUGUUUUAAUCUUGAUAGUUACUGUUUACAGCUCUGAAAAAUCAAAACUGCACUAUCUCAGUAUAUAUUUUUU